CAUUUGGCAAAGUGAAAAUUGAAGUGACUGUGAAAAUUGAGACAAAUGUGCGCGUCCGCAGCCGAAUAUUAAAGCAAGGACCACCAAGCAAGGACCACCAAGCAAUCCCGGCUAUUCCGGCUACUCCGGCAAUUCCGGCAAUCCGGGCAUAAUUUCUUCUUAACUAGUCACCGCAAGGAAAGCAACAAAGGAUGGAAACUAAAGCUGGCUUAAGUGCGCUGGAGGAAAGGUCCCUGAAAGGUUCAGAGAAACUUAAAAUGCUGGACAUAACACGCGACAAGCCGGUGAAGGUGGCCGUCAAAGUGGCCGUUCCUGUGCGGGAUCACCCAAAGUUCAAUUUCGUGGGCAAGCUGCUCGGACCCAAGGGCAACUCGAUGAAGCGCCUGCAGGAGGACACCAUGUGCAAGAUGGCCGUGCUGGGACGCGGAUCGAUGCGGGACCGGCGGAAGGAGGAGGAGCUGCGUGGCAGCGGGGACAGUCGCUACGCCCACCUCUUCGAGGACCUGCACGUCGAGAUCUCGACCUUCGCCGCUCCGGCGGAGGCACAUGCCCGGAUAGCCUACGCGCUGGCGGAAGUGCGCCGCUUUCUGGUUCCGGACUACCACGACGACAUCCGCCAGGAGCAGAUGUGGGAGAUGCAGGCGCUGACGUCCACGCCCGCACUGGGCGCCCACUCGCUGGAGGACUCGCACAGUCCCACCAUCAACAGCGGCAGCCAGGUGGGCGGCGCCACCAACUGCUCCUCCAACGGGGCCAGUGGGCGUGGCCUGGGCGGCGGACUGGCCGACAUGGACACGUCCAACGAUGACAAAUCGGACGACGCCAGCGGCAUGGAGUGCCUGUCGGCAGUCGACAAGCUUGACUGCUCGUCCAGCUGCGCCAGCCUGGGCAUCAGUGGCAUCACGACCAUCAGCACCACCAGCUCCGAGCAUCCGCAUCCGCACCAGCACCACCAGCAGCACCAGCAGCACCAACAGCACCACGCCCACCUGCACCCAGCACACGCCCACGGAAACCAGCAGCAACAGCAGCAGCAGCAGGUCCAGCACCACCACAGCCACCAGGCGCACUUCCACCAGCUCCUGCAGCAGGCCCACGGUGGAGCCAGUGCCGCAGCGGCUGCCUGCGGGGAGCAUCUCUCCGGACAGGCGACUCCGGCGACGGCGGCGGCACUGCACACCACAGCCAUGGCAGUGGCACUCCAGCAUCAGCUGACAGCCGCAGGAAUCGGAGGACUCCUGAAGCCGGCCACCGGAGUGGGGGCCACCAUGGCCGGGCUGCCCACCACCCAGGCGGGUGCCGCCGCCCUUCAGUUGCCCGGCGACGGGGAGUCAUCCGGAUCGACGCUCACGCUGCUGGAGCCACCGGGCACCGCACUCCUGCAUCCCGCGCUGCGCAACGUCAAGACCAUCAACAUAGGUGGCGGCCUGGGAAGGAAGCGUCCUCUGCUGGGAGUUCCCCGCUCCGGAAUGAAUCCCACCAAGCGCACGGUGAUGAGCCUGCUGGCCAGGGCCAAGAACUCGCAGGCGCUGCACUCGGUCCGCCAGCCGAUGGUGACGGCCACCAGUUUCGCUGAACCCUUGCAGAUGCUGGCCUCGCCGUUCAUCAUACCGCACCGGGCGGUGGAGCAGCCGAUCCUGGCGCUGUCCAAGGAGAGCCUCGCCCAGGGCGUCUAACCCAGUGAGCUGCUCCACCUGCGGCUGCCCAGAUAGACCAAUCUGACCGAAUACCACCUGCCCCGCCUCACCCUUUGGGAGGAUCAGCGAGAGUCUCGAGGAGCGAAUAUGUAGCGAAUAUUUCUAGGCGAUGUUUGCGUAGUUGAUGCGUACUCGUACUUCUAUGUACACCCUCCCCCUCCCCCCCGUAGUAAGGCUAUAUAGUAUAUACCGAUACCGAUACCGAUCUUUAGGGACUAACUGUGAACUUAUCCCGAGCGAAUCUCGAGCUCGUGCUACACGAUUUUAUUUUUUACUGAGAAUAAACGGAGCGUCUAUUUGCAAUGCGAUGUUUUAUUUCCACAGAUGCACAGAUGCAAGC